AAACUAUAAAUAUAACUCCAAUGUAUUAUGCCGUUUAGAAUUUUUCACUAGUAUGACGAUUAAACAACCAAUAUUGUUUAACAUUAUUUCCAUAAAAUAUAGGCACAUUUAAAAAUCUACAAUUACGAGAUUCAGAAAGCAUUUCUUGUACGAGAAUAUGCGAUUACGUUUUUCUUCAUCGCUUGUUUUAAUUUGUUAAUUAUUUGGAAAAACUAUAGUUUUAUUUUGUUCUACCAUCCGACUAUAAAUUAAACACAGAGAACGAAAGAAAUAACCUGCAGCAGUCAGGCUUUCAGAUACAGACACGAUUAAUUCAGCGGAGGGAUGGUCCGCCAUUUUCCCGAGAAACGCUUUGGCUCCGCCCAAAUGGGGUGAGCUCCAAGCGCAAAGGGACGAACAUCGGUUUUAAAUAGGUCUCCUUCGCCGAUUGACGAUCAGUCAGUCGUUGGAACUCGGUCGCCGCAAACCGGGCAGACCUGCAAUAGGAAAUAAACAACCUCACUCGAAAUUAUUCACUUGGAAAUUAUUUUGUUUUAAUGUUUUCCCAUAAUAUUGCGAUUAAUACGACUUACCAAUCAACCGUAAUACUGUUAUUAUUAUGAACCAUUCGAUGGCGCCGACACCGGACAUGCACAACAUUUACGGUUUUCACCAUCAUCACCAGCAACAGCAACAGCACCAGCAACAAUCACCCGAUUUGCUCAGAAGUGGAGGUCACGUUGUGACCACUAAAGCCGAUUCUUCAUCCUCGUCGCCGUCACUCUGUUAUAAUAAGACUUCGACUUUCACCCAAGAUUUCAUGUUGACCAAUGACUCGUGUCAAACGCAGCAGCAACAGGACGACGACAGUUGCAGUGACGGAGAAGAUUCGAGCCAACCCAGCUGCACUUACCGCUCUGUCCACCACAGUUUCGUGGGGACUUCGAUAAGACAAGGCGCUGACUUGUCGUCGGCCGGUUCGAUGGGUCGGCACAAUAUGGUGGCGGCGGCAGCGGCAGCGGCGGCGGACGGUUACUACGGUGCGGGUAGCGGUAACCACGGUAAUGGGAACGCGGGACAUCAUCACCACCACCAUCAUCAUGGUCACCACCAUCAUCACCAUCAUAACGGCAACGGAAACGGUCAUAAUCAUCAUCAUCAUCAUCACAACGCCCCGGCAGGAAUGGCGGUGGCGGCGAUUGUGGAUGCACAAGGCGCGGGCGCCGUUGGAGGUGGAGGCGGUGGAGGUGGCGGGUACAGGGUGCAGAGGCAAGCGGCCAACAUACGGGAACGUAGACGAAUGUUGAGGUCAGACCUGGCGCCGACUCGGGCAGCGGAUAGGCCCACGCCGGUCAAAAUCAGCAUCAACUCGGCGUUCGACGAGCUCCGCGGUCAUGUGCCCACGUUCCCGUACGAGAAGCGACUCAGCAAGAUCGACACUCUCCGUCUGGCGAUCGCUUACAUUGCGCUGUUGCGCGAAGUUCUGUCGGCCGACUGCGACCCGCUCACUUAUGUCCAGCGGUGUCUGAGCGGCGAGCGGACGCCCGAACGCGCCGAAUGGAACACCAGUGAUCUAACAGCCAGACUUUCGUGGAUCAACUGGGAGAACUUGGGCGUGAAUCCCAACAGACGAGGCGUCUUGACGUCUUAUUCGAUUCCUGACAACAUAAACAACUAAACUAAUGUGCAGUGUGGUUGCGGGUUAGGUCGGUGAAACCUAUAUCCGUUGUAUAUAAUAAUGUAAUAUGUAUAUUAUUUUCGUUUUAGGAAUUUUAUUCAUUGUUAAUAUUAUUUAAUUAUAUUCAUUGAUGCAUUAUUAGUUCUAAUAGGGAAUUGUGCAAUAAUAGUACUUUCUUAAAACAAAAAAAAAGGAGACUACAUGUCGCAGACGUUUUGAUCCUUAUUACUUACCUACGUGAUUAUACGUUUAAUGAAAACCUAAUGAUAUUUAAGAGAAUUCUAUAUCGACAGUUUAUAAGGAGUUCAGUAUAGGCAAUAAUCUAAGUGUCGUAAAAUAAAUUGUUAACCCGAGGUACCAAAAAUGAUGAAUGAUGUUUUUGGUGGUUAGCGACAGUUGUUAUGACUUAUGACGUAUUACUAUUGCAAAUACAUAAUAACUAAUAAAUAAAUGUUUGAAAAUGUCA